AUGGAUGUUAAAGAUACCGGAAUCAACCGCUCGGAUACUCCUAUCUCCGAUCAAGACCAUGACUUUCGACAAUGGAAUCACUCUUCGUUAGACUCUAACUUUCUCAGUCUCCGAAGCCAGAUAUUCGAAGCGAGUUAUCGGAGAACUGAUUUGAUAAGAGUGAACCAUGAGUUGUUCCACGAGAGAGAUGCACUUAGGCGAAGAAAUAGUGAGCUUGAAGCUGGAAUUUUGGAAGAGGUUAUGAUUAGAGAGGAAAUGAAGAGAGAUCUGGAAGUUUCUAAAGAAACUGUCAGUGAAUUGGAAGGAGAGGCGAAGGAGAAAACCAAAUUACUAUCGGAUAUUGCGGAUUAUGUACGAUCUAUGGAAGAUCGCUUGUCGAAAUUAAUCCGAUGUUUAAACGAAGAGAAUGUUCCAGAAGAGGAAAGAGGGAGAAAACUGGAAACAAAGGAAUAUAAUUCCAAAUCUAUUUUGGAGUUAGUCAAGGAGGUUGUAACGAAGUUAGAGACGUUCCAGGAAUCUACGAAGAAGAAGAAGAUGGAGCUAAGUAGAAGUGUGGAGUUCUUGGAAGAGGAGAAUAGAGAUAUCAAUGUCUUGUUAAGAGCUGCUUUGUUUGAGAAACAAACUGCAGAGAAGCAAUUGAAAGAGAUGAAUGAUCAGAAGGGAUUGGCUUUGCUGCAAAUCGCAGGAAGAGGGUUGCAGAGAAUAGGUUUUGGUUUUGGGUUAGGAGAAUCAGUAGAGGAGAGCUCAGAGACGGGAAAUAUCGCGAAUGAAGAAGAAGAGAAUGGUGUGGUUAUAGCAAUAGAGAAAACAAUGAAGAAACUGCGGCAAGAGGUUUCUCAGCUGAAAAUAUCUUUGGAGGAAUCAAGGUUAGAAGAAGUGGGGUUGAGGAAAGUUACAGAGGAACAAGCUCAGAAAUUAGCAGAGAACACGGUGUAUAUCAACAAGCUGCAAAAUCAAGAGAAGUUUCUUGCUCAAAACGUCGAAGAGCUAGUGAAAGCAAUAAGAGAAGCAGAAUCAGAAGUAAGUAGAUGGAGAGAAGCUUGUGAGCUAGAAGUUGAAGCAGGGCAGCGCGAAGUCGAAGUACGGGAUCAGCUCAUAGCGGUUCUAAAGUCAGAGGUUGAGAAGCUGAGAUCAGCAUUAGCCAGAUCAGAAGGGAAACUAAAACUGAAAGAAGAAUUGGCCAAAGCUGCAAUGGUAGCAGAAGAAGCAGCUGAGAAAUCGCUGCGAUUGGCCGAGAGAAGAAUAGCUCAACUUCUUAGCCGUAUUGAACAUCUCUACCGCCAAUUGGAAGAAGCAGAGUCUACAGAACGCAGACGUGGAAAGUUCAGGUAUGUUUGGUGUUGGCCGAUGUGGCGUUUUCCUACCGCUGCUUCUACUGCUGCGACCGCUACUGGAAGUUCUUCAUAUACAAGCAACAGAGCAUUGUUACGAUAUGAUGCGUGAUCUAGUACUGUUAGCACAAGAGUUGUGUACACUAAAUAUGACCAUAGAAGCUGAAGC